AUGGUCACCGAUCUCGCUGCUGCCACAGCAGACCUCACUCUCGGCCCCGCAAAGGCUGGCUACCACCCUCUCGACCCCGUCUCGGCCUGUGAGAUCUCUGCGUCCACUGCCGCGAUCCGCUCCCACCUGCUCAAGCUCGCACCAAACGCCCGUCUCUGGUUCAAGAGCAUCCAGCUCGUCGAGCCCCCCAAGAAGCUCCUCGCACCAUGGCUCGACCAGUGGAACGCCGCGGGCGGCAAGUCGGCCGGCCUCGAGCGCCUGCCCCGCAACGCAGAGUGCAUGGUCGGCACAAAGGAGAAGGAGGGCGUCAAGUGGUAUGAGGUGAUUGUGUCACUGGACGGCACUGCCUCUGUCGCAAGCUGCAUCCGCGCACCUGACAACCUUCACGUCUCGCCCGACAUGGCCGAGAUGGUCGCUGCCGAGGAGGCCCUCCUUGCACACCCCGAGUUCCAGGCCGCUAUUGCCAAGCUCCAGCUGCCGCCCAACGCCAAGGUUGUCGCCGACGGAUGGAUCUAUGGCGCCGACAGCGUUGAGCGCAACCGCCGUUGCACACCCUUCAUGGUCUACCUCAACUUUUCCGACAACCCGGACUCGUGCCACUACUCUGCCCCGCUCCCCCUCGUCCCCGUCGUCGACUCUGACGACUUUUCGCUUGUCCGCAUCGACUACACUCCCAUCUUUGGCACUGGCAACAAGACUGUGCUCGACCUUGACGGCCCCUUCCCCUGGGAGCAGUACGUUGCCAACGACUACGACCCCGCGAUCCUUGCCUCGCAGGGUAUGCAGUUCCGCGACGACAUCAAGCCGUACCGCGUUGUCCAGCCCGAGGGUGCUAGCUUCUCCGUCGAGGGUCGCGUGCUUCGCUGGCAGAAGUGGUCGUUCCACAUUGGCUUCAACUACCGCGAGGGCCCCGUCCUCUCUGACGUGCGCUACGAUGGCCGCAAGGUCUUUUACCGCCUGUCCGUCUCGGACAUGACGGUCCCUUACGGCGACCCCCGCGCUCCUUACCACCGCAAGAUGGCGUUCGACCUCGGUGACAUUGGUGCCGGUGUCUGCGCCAACGAGCUCGAGCUGGGCUGCGACUGCCUGGGCGAGAUCAUGUACCUCGACUUUGACCACCUCAACGUCCAGGGCGAAAACUCCAAGCUCAAGAGCGUCGUCUGCGUCCACGAGGAGGACGACGGUAUCGGAUGGAAGCACACCAACUACCGCACCAACCGCCCCGCUGUGGUCCGCUCGCGCAUCCUCGUUAUCCAGACCAUCAUCACGGUCGCAAACUACGAGUACAUUUUCGCAUGGAAGUUUGACCAGUCGGCCGGUGUCCACCUCGAGACCCGCGCCACCGGUAUCCUCUCCACUGCCGCGAUCAUGCCCGGCGAGACGUCGCCCUACGGCAACGUUGUCUCGCCCGGCGUGCUCGGCACCAACCACCAGCACAUCUUCUGUGUGCGCAUCGACCCCUCGAUUGACGGCCACGACAACACCAUUGUCCAGGAGGACUCGGUGCCCAUGCCCUGGUCCAAGACGGACAGCGACGGCGACAACCAGUACGGUGUCGGCUACGUGGUUGAGAAGACGCCCAUCACCAAGGCCGGCUCGGCCGACGCCGCGCCCCACCUGAACCGCUGCUUCAAGAUUACAAACCCCAACAAGAUCAACUCGAUCUCGGGCCGUCCCAUGGGAUACAAGCUGGUCCCCGCGCCCUCGCAGCUCAUCAUCUCGCACCCCGAGUCGGUCGGCUACGCACGCGCCGAGUUUGGCGAGCACCACAUCCACGUCACGUCGUACAAGGACGGCGAGCUGUUCGCUGGAGGCCGCUACACCAACCAGUCGUUUGGUAACGCCGAGGGCAUGCGCUCGUGGAUCGCCCGCGAGGACAACACGGACAACACGGACGUUGUCCUCUGGCACUCGUUUGGCCUGACACACAACCCCCGUGUCGAAGACUUCCCCGUCAUGCCCUGCGAGACGCACAUGAUCUCGCUCAAGCCCGCCGACUUCUUCGACCGCUGCCCGUCCCUCGACGUCCCGGCCUCCACCCAAAAGUUCAACCAGUCCAAGCUGUUCAACGGCGGUGCCACCGGCAACUCGCAGACCGAGUCGUGCUGCUCGCGCUAA